GAUGUAGCAUAUAUAAUGGAGCCAGUCAGCUCAUGUAUUCACAUUUGGUCAGUCAAGUGGCUUAAAGUGAAGACCUCCAAGAGACUGAAACAAUGAAGACUGUGGCAGCUCUACUUGUUUUUCUCAGUUUGGCCAUUGUUGCUAUUGAAGGGAGGCCCGGGAUUGGAAUCCAGAGAUGUUUAUGUCGUGGUGCUGGUCUCAGAAUGGUGAAGCCAACGCUAAUAGAGAAAAUAGAAAUUCACCCUGUUAGUCCAUCCUGUGGACAUGUGGAGGUUGUUGUCACACUGAAAAACAACGGAGGUCGAAGAUGCUUAAACAAAGAGUCAUUGUUUACCAGGAACAUCAUUGCUAUGACUGCAAAAAAGACCAAGAGUGCUCAGUAAAAUGUGUGGAGGCUGUGGCCACUGUGGAGCUCUAUUGAUUCUUUCAUUUAUUACAAUAUAAAUUAUAUUACAGUAUUUUAUAUAUUAUAUUUACACAUUAUGUUAUAAGUUUUUUAUUUAUUAAAAACAAUGUGUUGGAUGUCUUUUUGAAUGUUUGUUGUAUAAUGUCAGAUAAAAUUUUCAAAUAAAAUCUUGUGAAG